CAUUUCUUUUCCUAUAUAUAUCAGAAGCUUGAUCAACUAUCUUACUAUAAAUUAGCUAGAGAUCUCCAUUAAGUCAUUGCAUUAUUUGAUAUUGUGCACAUUGGCGUAGUGUUCUUUACAAUGCUUAAGCUUUCUGAAGAUAUCACUACAGGCCGGUUCAAUAUAUUGAGCACGGCGGCAGGAAGCUCAGGAACAGUAUCUCCUUGUGCAUUUGUUCCCGAAGUUCUCAAUAGAUUCAACUACGAGGAUUGGAGUCUUCGAGUCGAAACCUAUUUGUUGGCUGAAGAUUUAUGGGAUGUAGUGGAAGCGAGCAACGAACCUACCAAUGAUGAAAGGGAAUAUAUGAUUUGGAGGAAGAAAAAUGCGAAGGCUUUGCUUGCAAUUCAGAUUUCUUGCGGGUCAGACACUUUCUCUUUGAUUAGGAACACCAGAACGGCCAAAGUUGCCUGGGAUGCUUUGGCAGCGAAGUUCAAGCCACCACCAGUCAACCUUCCGGAAUAUGAGAGCAACACAGAAGACUUCAGUGUGUAUGUACCUUUCUUCGAUGCUGUGAGGAGUGGUGACUGGAGUACUGCAACUGAGUUUCUUUCCAACAAUCCCAGCGCAUUAACUGCAAGAAGUCCUUAUUCGGGCAAGACAGCUCUUCACAUAGCAGUUGAUACUUGUGACGUACAAAUUGUUGAGGCUGUGGUGCAACUGAUGCAACCGGAGGACUUGGAAAUAAAAGCGAAUGAUGGUAAAACGGCCCUUGCUUUUGUUGCGGAUGUCGGAAUCACCAAAAUGGCCAAAUGCUUGGUUAUCAAGAACAACAAUGUAGUUGCCAUUGGUGAUGCUUAUAAUAUGCUUCCAGUUGUCUCGGCUUCUAGUAACGGGCAUUGGGACUUGGCUAACUAUCUCUAUUCUGUAACUCCUGCGGAGGCUCUGUUAUGGGAACGCAAUGCUGUUACUCUUGUUUGCCAAUGUAUUCAUAACAGGAAAUUCGAUAUUGCAUCGAAUUUACUUAACCAUCACCCAAAGCUAGCUGUUGCUAUAGACCACUUCGGGGAAUCUCCUUUGAAGGCUUGGUCUAGUGUGUCUUUUGCAUUUCAGAGUAGAUCGCUAAUUGAGUACUGGAUCUCCAGAGUUAUAACUAUACAGCCACAUGAGCUAAAUACACAUGCGCAUGUGGGAUUAGUUCCAGAUCAUCAACAAAGUGUACACUUAUUUCAAAGACUGGUUAGGUGUCUCCUAGUAUUAACUGGACCCAAAAUGAUAUAUGAAGAGAAGCUGAUCCAUGCUCGUUCCCUUGACUUUUUGUAUCACACGGCCAAAGUGAUCAAAGAUUUAGAUGCUAAACAAAUGCAAGACGGCUUAGUAUAUGAAGCAAUCUUCCACGCUGUCGAGGAAGGGAACGUUGACUUUAUUACUGCUAUUUGUACAGUGAAUCCAGAACUCAUAUGGAGCACUGAUGAAGAGAAAAGGACCCUACUUCAUCUUGCAAUUAAAUAUCGCCAACGAAAAGUAUAUGACCUUAUACAUGGAUUCUACAAAAGACAUGCAUUGGCAAAUCUUGUAGAUAAAUACAACAAUAGUUUGCUACAUGUGGCUGCAAUGAUGUCCCCUUUCAAACAGCUUAAUUAUUUACCGGGUGCAGCUUUGCAAUUGCAGAGGGAGCUACAAUGGUUCAAGGAGGUGGAAAGUAUUGUGCCACGCAAGGCCUUUGAGUCAAAAAUUUUUACAGAUCAUAUGACACCACGUGAACUCUUUACUAAGAACCACAAGGAAUUGAUGAAGGAGGGAGAAAAGUGGAUGAAGGACACAGCAAACUCUUGUACUGUACUGGGUGCUCUGGUUAUUACAAUCGUGUUCGCUGCGGCAAUCACAGUUCCAGGUGGAAAUAAUCAAAAUACGGGACUUCCUAUGUUUUUAGAUAAGAAGUUAUUUUCUGUUUUUAUCAUUUCAGAUGCUCUAUCAUUUUUUUUUUCCACGACGUCACUAUUGACAUUCUGGGGAAUCGUGACAUCACGUUAUGCCGAAGACGACUUCCUCAAAAAUUUGCCUGCAAAGAUGGCAAUGGGCCUAGCCAGCCUUCUCUGUUCUAUCAUGACCAUGAUGAUUGCCUUUUGUUCUGCGAUUCUCAUCAUGUUGAAUGUGUCUGAGGCCAAAAUUAAACAGGAAGGAAAAUCAUGGAUCAGUAUUUCCAUCAUGGUUCUUGCAUUUAUUCCGGAGACCGUAUCUGUCACGAUGUUGUUUCCCCUGUUUGUCCAAAUGUACACUUCUACUUAUGGUCGUGGAAUAUUUGCUAGGCAAGUCAAGUUCCUGCACUAA